ACCGAGCAGGAAGCCGUCAGCUGUUACUGCAGCGCCUCUCAAACGGAUAAUCUGUCCACCGACGAGCAUGACAGUUUGAGGGACUGCUCGACCAGAGGUAUCCAGCAGAGCGACAGCGGCACCGACUUGAGGGAACAUUCCGUUCAAGACGUAGCCGGGGACUGGAACCGAUUUUGGGCGUUGUACGGGGAGAAGUUGAUAUGGAAGUCUUGGAUCGACAAAUAUAGCGCGUACAUCAAUCCGGACUAUCUGCAGAGAGAUUUCGGCGAAGGGAGUAGCUUUUCUGUUACGGACGUUCGAAAUAAAGAGAAAGCUCCUCUGGAAGAGCUCCCACAUUCCCAACUUCCACAUAAAACCGACAACUCGACCUCUAAAGACGUCUCCAGGAAAAACAACGUCUUGCUGCGCAACUUAUCGCUGAGCGAGGAGAAAAUCUUUGCCGACGUCUCCGAGGGCUGGAACCCCUUGUCGCCGGUCAGCGUCGACGAAGGCACCGAAGCCGAGCGUCUGCUUAGCUCCAGGUGCGGCUCCUACACGAGCGGUUCUCUCAAAACUCUGGAUUCCAUGACGAAUGUUACCGGUUUGACGGUAUCGUCUUUGAAUUCCAGUCGGGAGACGUCUAGUUCGGACAGUAUCUCGUCCGUCAGCUCGGUAAACAGCUCUAUCAGUUCGGAAGACCUCGACGAAGACUACCAGAGCCAGUGGAAUGAGCUGUGGCAGCGCCACUACGAAGACGAGUAUCUGGUGCAGUACAACAAGUUCAUUGAGUCCGUUGUAACUGCAGAUUCCUUGCUGAAAGUCGAAGUCGACAGCGCAGACUCCUUGGACGGAUCUCUCGCCACUCUCUCGGUGAUUCCCUCCGAGAAAAUUGUGAUUCAGGAGACGAGCCCACAAAAAAUCGUCGUCCAGCAACUCAACUCGACUGUCCAUUCUCUGGACAAUUUGUUGGACGGACUGAACAUGACGGAUGCCAAAGUGGUCAGCGAAACGUCCGAUGACGAGAACGACACUCUUCAAACGGAAAUGCUCGCGAUGGGCUUGCCCACCGCUUUCGGUCAUUCCAGCUUCUCAGGAUGUCUGAUAAAAGUCUCUUGGAAUACUCAUAGGUCGGAUCAAGUAUCUUCAGUGUAUUCAUAUAUGUUUGAUAUUAUUAGAAAUUGGGAGAAUGAAAUAACAGAAUUUAUUAUUUUCAGCGAUAGUUUCAACUCCGGACGUAACAGAGUCCGGGCCGCCUUCAACGUAUUGGGUAUCGAGUUCCAGGAGAACCCCGACGAAACCAUGACCGGCCACGUGGACUAUAAGAUGAAACAUAUCCGGUUGCAGAACAGGCACUUGAAAAUUCGACCGGAAGCUAAGAAACCGAAGCAUUGCUUCUUCGAUGACGAUGGCAACAUGAUUGAGAACGAAGAAAGUGCUGAGGAGGUGGCAUUCCAUGACGUUUUGUCCGACAGCUCGGACAACCAGGCGAGUUCUUGCGAAGACGAACCAGAGUCUUUAGAAGUGGUUGACGAUAAAUCUGUCCCGACUAGUAAAAGGAGAAAACGGAAAAGAAAGCAGCCUUCUCUGCCUCCGGAAAUCAGGGACAACCGGAAAUUGACGAAGUACUGGAAAAAGAGAUUUACUCUGUUCAGUAAGUUCGAUCAGGGCAUUAAAUUGGACGAAGAAAGUUGGUAUUCCGUAACUCCUGAACUAGUUGCCAAACACGCUGCAGAGAGGUGCAAGUGUGACACGAUCGUCGACGCCUUCUGUGGAGCCGGCGGCAAUUCAAUACAAUUCGCCCUCACUUNUCUAGUAGUUUUGGAGGACAUUUGA